AUGAAGAUUUCACUUCCUCAGAGUAUGCUUGUCCUUUCUACAAUCCUAGGAAGAACCUCUGCAUUCGUCAAGCCAGCCUACAAUCCUGCCCGACAAUCUGCGUUCUUGCGAAUGGCUUCCACCUCGACCGAAGUUGCCACGGAACAACCUCCCAAGCCCAAGAAUAUUCGAGCGGAACGUAUCUUGUCUGGAGUCCAACCUACUGGAAGCCUGCAUUUGGGAAACUAUUUGGGAGCUAUCCGACAGUGGGUCGACUUUCAAAAUAAAGAGCAAACUGAUGAAGAGGGAAAUGUGGUUCCAGUCGAGAAUUUCUUUUGUGUUGUCGAUCUUCAUGCCAUCACCAUGCCUCAUGACCCCAUGGAAUUGCAAGAAAGUACUCUCUCCAGUGCUGCCUUGUACCUUGCUGCAGGUAUCGACCCUGUCAAAUCCAAAGUUUUUAUACAAUCCCAUGUUCCAGCUCACUCCGAGCUUACCUGGUUGUUGAACUGUAUCACUCCCAUGAACUGGCUGGAACGCAUGAUCCAAUUUAAAGAAAAAUCCAAGAAACAAGGAGAAUCGGUCGGUGUCGGUUUGCUUGACUAUCCUGUUCUCAUGGCUGCCGACAUCAUUUUGUAUCAAUCGACCAAGGUUCCUGUUGGAGAGGAUCAACGUCAGCAUUUGGAAAUAACAAGAGAUAUCGUUCGCCGUUUCAACGAUCUCUUUUGCAAAGGAAACAAAUACAAGAAGCGCUGCAAGGCUGCCGGUGUCGCUUCACGACCCGUCUUUAUCGAACCCAACCCCAUCAUCAUGAAGGAAGGUGCCCGUGUCAUGAGUUUGACUGAUGGAACCAACAAGAUGUCCAAGAGUGACGCCAAUGACAACUCCCGAAUCAAUGUCUUGGAUCCUCCAGAAACCAUUCGCAACAAGAUCAAGAGAUGUAAGACCGACGACAUUCAAGGAAUUGAAUGGGACAACCCAGAGCGACCAGAGGCAAAGAACUUGUUGAAUAUCUACUCUGCUGUCCAACCAGACCGAACCAAGGAGGACAUUAUCGAGGAAGUCAAGGACUUAACUUGGGGUGAUUUCAAGCCCUUGUUGGCUGAUGCCAUUAUCAAUCAUUUGGAACCCAUCCAAAACAGAUACCACGAAAUCCGGGAAGAUAAGGAUAGACUGAAUGAAAUUUUGAAGGAGGGUGCGGAUGCUGCCAACACUGUGGCAAAGCAAACUCUAUUCAACACAAAGGUAGCCAUGGGAUUCGUCACUCCAGAUGAAGCAUAA